CUUGGCUCAAAGUCCACUCUUCUUUCUUUUUUGCUUCUUCACUCUCUCAUCAUGGCCUCGACCGGCAACUCUACUGUUUGGCAUAUUGUUGCCUUCAAAGUCAACCCGACUGCCUCGGCGCAGCAAGUGCUCGACAUGAUGGAGGGUCUGCGCGGACUGCGCUCGCUGCCCGGCGUUCUGCAGCUCGAGGUCGGCGUCCACGACCCCCGCAUGUACGAGGGCUACGUCGACCGCAGCAAAGGUUACACUCACGCGCUGGUCGUCGAGCUCGCGUCGCCCGAGGCACUCGUCAACUACGCCAAGUCGCCCGAGCACCAGGCUGUGGUGGUAAACCUCCUGCGUCCAGUCUGCGAGCUUGACACCAUCACGGCCGUGGACUACGUUGCCCGCAAGCACGUCAAGAGCCCGAUCUGGUGCCACUCUCCUCACCUCAUCUCGGUGGUUGCCGCAGCCGCCGCGCUCGCCGUCGGCUUCGCCCUCGGUCGCUCUCGCUAAACCCAACAUUGAAAAGGUUGUUCAAUGCAUGACAAUGUCCCAACCCCUCUCUUGUUUUGCUUCAAUUCCGGUGCACGACUAAUACAAAACGCCGAAACGCUCGCUCAGCCAA